AUGGAAGUGGGCAGUAGCGAUGGGAUGAGACCGUCUUUGAUUGGCCAGAUGGUAUUUUUUUUCCACCCUAUUCGGGCUUGGGAGCUGGCUGUGGUUGCGAGCAUGGAGGAGCAGCAUGACGGGAAAAUGGCAACUGUCCGUUGCAAGUCCGGCGAGACUUUCAGUGUUCCGGUGACUGCGGACUUUCUUUUUUUUCCAACCACCCCGGGGGUUUUUGACUCCUUUCCAGACGAUCUCCUGGAGAUGCCCGAACUGCAUGAUGCGCUCCUACUUCAUGUGCUGAGGAAUCGGCAUGCCAGGGAUCUAACGUACAUGCGCAUUGGAGAAAUGGUGCUUUCAGUGAAUCCCUUCAAGGUCAUUGCGUCACAGGCGGAUAAUUGCAUGGAAUUGUAUCUUGAUCACCUCGACACGGCAAAGCUCCCCUCAGGCCUCCCUCCUCAUGUCUGGAGUGUGGCACAUCGAGCAUAUGUGGAGAUGCGUGCACGGCAGGCAAACCAUUCCAUUAUUGCUUCGGGGGAAAGUGGUAGUGGGAAAACCGAAGCGUGCAAAAAGAUGCUGAAGUAUUUAUGUGCGGCGUCUGAGCGUGUGGCAACAGAUGUAGCUGUGAGCCAGCGUAUGCAACGCAUCAGUGAAAAGGUACAGAUGAGUAGUGUUGUGAUGGAAUCGUUUGGAAAUGCCAAGACUGUGAAGAAUGACAACAGUUCACGGUUUGGUAAAUUUAUGGAGGUUCAGUUUGAUGCAGACGGGGUUAUGAUGGGUUUGCGUGUCACACCAUUUCUGCUGGAGCGCUCACGGGCCGUCACGUGUGGGGCAGACGAACGUGUGUAUCAUGUCUUUUAUCAGCUGGUCGCCGGAGCUGACGGGGCCAUGCGGGAGAGGCUUCGACUUGGCGAUGCUCGCAGUUUUGUGUUGUUGGGCAAAGGCGGGUGCCUCUCACUGAAGAACAACGGCAUCGAUGACGCUAGGGACUUUCAGGUUCUGCAGGCGGCACUGACGAGCAUCGGGUUUUCCGAGGAGGAGCAGGACACACUGUGGGAGCAUUUGUGGGAUCCAUAUUGCACC